CGGAAGCUCCAUUCAUAAAGCAAAUCCCCUUCCGUUACACGAUCGCCCUCUCUCUCUCGCCCUCUCUCUCUAACCAGCUAGGUAGCUGGAUCGCUCUCGGCAACAUACUCUGUAAUUUCUUGUUCUUUUAAUCUGAGGUUUUCAUUUAGAUUGGGAUAAUUGGAUUCGCUCUCAAGUGAGUUCUUGUAUUCUCUCAUUUCUUUCUGUAUUUUUCUUGUUUGUUUUUGUGGGUGUUUCUUGUUUUGAGCGCAGGAAGAGAGAGAGAGAAAAUGGAGGUCCUGGAGAUAGAUUGGAAGAACAUAGAUAGCAGGUUUGUGAGAGAUGAGAUGUACGAGAGCAUAAAGGCCCCGAAAUGGGUGGAUUUUUUGGAGCCAGAUGAAUCUGUUGAUGAUGAUGAAGCCUGGUUCUGUCGAGCUGAUUGCAGGCAUCCGAAGAGUCUCAGCGAUUUUCAGAGUUCUUCGCCCUUCGACAAGGGUAAGCAUCUUCGAUCCGGAAGCAGCUCGGAUCCCAUGCCAUUUGGAGAGAUAAACCCAAGGGACGCGAAGCUGAAGAAAAGAGGCCCUGUACCACGCCACAAUGACCAAUCAGAAAAUGAGGAACCCAAUUACAAAAGAACCCCCGAAACAAGCGGAAAUAUCAAAAACACUCCCAGCAAGUACCGGAAAAACAAAACUUUCAGCGAAAAACCUCGCGCAAACGAAAUCGCCGCAAAGAACGAAAAGAUCACCGAAACUAAGAUUCCUCAGCUAAAGAGCACGUUGUCCGCCCGAAAUCUCUUCGCUGGCCGAGAAAUCCUUCAUCAAAUAUCUGAGUUUUGCUCAGAACUUAAAAAACUCGCUCUCAAUCGAAAUUCCGGCGAAACAUUGUUACAUUCCAACAAAAAUUCAAUGGAUUCCAGUGAAAAUUCCGCCGAAAAAUUGAAAGAAAGCAAGAAAAAGAAAGUUGGAUUAUUUUCCGGUGAGAAUUCAAGCAAUUUCAGUGAAAAUUCCGGCAAAAAAUUGAGCGAAAACAAGAAAGAAAGAGUUGGGUUACUUUCCGAUGAAAAUUCCUAUUCUGGUAAAAAUUCCGGCAAGAACUUCACUGAAAGUUUCGGCCAUAGUUCUCUAAAAAAAAGUUGCGAUGGUGGGUCGAGAGAUUUUUCUGGCAAAUUUUCCCGUGAGAUCUCCUGCCAAAAUGCUCUGCAAUCUAGUGAGAAGAAGGCUUCAGAAGAGUUGGUUGAAUUUCCCGGCAAGUUGGGGUUGCCGGAAAACAAUAGAGGAGGAGGAGAGGUUGAGAAUAAAUGGCGUGGACAGAAGCAGAGGAAGAAUUUGAAUGGCAGUAGAUUAUUCAGCCCUGAAUCAUGGAGGAAAAGGAACAAUGAUGAGAAUUGCAGAAGUGGGGUUGAUAAUAUUAUCAACGGUGAUGAAGAGAGCAGCAGCAGCAGCUUAUUAUUAGUGAAGCCAUGCGGAGUACGGUCAUGCCCACCAACUCCACAGAAGUUCCCCUCUCCCGCCAAGCUUCGAUCUCCUACUCCUCAUAAUAAUAAUAGUACCACUUCUCCUCUCAAGCCAAUGAGACCACCACGCACGGAAAGAGGAAUUCUUGGAGAGAUUAAGCUGCACAAAAAAGACAUACACGACCAAGAUAAUUUUAGUUUUGCCGAGGAAGCCAAGAGUUUAGCCAUGUUUUGGUUCUUGAAGCCAUGCACUUAUGGGUAAGGUAGUUGCUAGAGGCAUUUAUUUUUUGAAUAAUUAUUUUAUUCAAUUAUUUUUUUUGCCAAGAUGGGGUAGUUGGUAGAGGCAUUUAUUUUUUGAAUAAUUAUUUUAUUCAUUUUUUUUUUUUGCCAAGAUGGUGGUUGGUAGAGGCCUUUAUUUUUUGAAUAAUUAUUUUUUAUUCAAUUAUUUGUUUUGCCAAGAUGAGGUAAGUCGAAUUAUAUUUAGUGUUGUGAGAGAAAUUUACUACAAAUUGACAUUUUAAUAUUGAUUUGUGGUGUCAUUCGAUUUUUUGCCCCUCUUGGAGAACAAUUAUUUUUUCAAUAAUAUGAAACUAUGUAAGUUUUUUGUGUGUGGGGGUGGUUUUCAUUCCCUCUUGGAAAUAAAAUAAAGGCUGAUCUCAUUCUUUUA